UACAGCACUGAGGAGAGACCGAGGAUACUGAUCGGGGAGACCAGUCUGCAGGAUAUGGAUCGGGUCCUGACUCUGCAGAACCGCUCCGCGGCGGAGCUGCUGGUGUCGGGGGUGCUGGGGGGGCUGAACCGCACGGGGAGCGCUGUGGCCGCGGGCGUGGGGCAGUACCUGAGGGAGCUGCGGGGGAGCUGGCCUGGCUGGGCGGUUGGCGGGCGUGUCGCGGGUCACAUGGCGUCUCUGGUGCCGCAGAGGCUGCUGGGAGUUUACCACACCCUCCUCUUCACCGUCCCUGGCACACCCGUCACCAACUACGGAGACGAGAUCGGACUGAGAGACGAGCCUGGACAGGCUGUCAAAUCUCCCAGGAUGCAGUGGGAUGAGAGCGGUCAAGCGGAUUAUAACCAGAAUGUAUCAGUCAAGGCUCAGAAGUCACACCCCCAGUCCUUGCUGAGUCUUUUUCGCUCCCUGAGUGAUCUCAAGGGUAAGGAGCGCUCCCUGCUCUACGGAGAGUUCCAGACGGUCCUCGCCUCCCCCUCCGUCUUCUCUUACCUGCGCAGGUGGGACCAGAGCGAGCGCUUCCUCGUGGCCCUCAAUUUCGGGGAGUCCCCGGAGGAGGUGACCCUGCAGCACCCCCUCCUCCCCCCUGAAGCGACCGUGGUGCUGAGCUCCGACCCGGGCAGGCAGGGAGGGGCCAGGCUGGCCCUGGGGAGACUCGCCCUGCAACCCAGCGAAGCUCUGUUACUCAAAUUCCCUUACGUAGCAUGAAGUGGGGCACACCCCCCCCCCACCCCAAAAUAGAGCACAGGGGAGUGGGGGCGAUCCUAGAGCUAGAUAUUGUAACUUACUGCCCCCCCCCCCCCUUCUUUUCCACUCUGCUUAACAUUCCAGUGUGUAACUAUUGUAGAUUAAAAGAUUUUGUGCUGUGA